CCCAACUAACAUUUUGGUUAUAAGAAUAAGUGCUACAUGAGCUGUUUAAGAGAAUUUUCAUAACCAACGGUUCUGUAAAGGCAUUAAACUUGGGUGAUAAAGCGUUCUGUAUGUGUCUUGUAACCCUAAUUUGGGUCUAUUGAUUUAGACCUUGCAGUGACAUAAUAGUUAUAGAGUAGUGAUAAAUGAGUGAUUAAGAGAAGUUAGAAAAGUGCUAUUGCAGCAGCGAUUACCACUUCAAGUGUUUUACAAGCUAUACGCAGGUUAUUACUGCAAAUGAAAGUAGUAAAUAAGUUAUAGAAACUACUUUAAUGACUUUCUUGGUUACACAUGGUUACUUCUUGUAACUAGAAUAAAACUUAAGCAUAUAUCGGACUUAUUAAGUAGCAAUAAAUAACACCGACAGCGCUAAAUAUUUAAUCUGUUUCAUAUAUUUUUGCGUUCUAGCUAAAGUCCAGAGUGAUAAUAUUUUACAGUACGCAAUUCAUAUCAUGGUGUUUUAUUUUAAUAAAAUAAUUGAGUAAAUCAGUCGCUAUCAAAAGGCAAAGUAGGUGGUACCUACUCGACACCGCGUUUGCGCGCUACGCACAGUUAUACCGAUCGUCUCACUCGUGCGCAGGCGCUCGAUCAGUCAGCAGUCUGCUACCAUCAGUCGUGCGCGGUAUACAGAGAGAAGUUUCGAUAACGGCACUGCUGAUUACAAGCAAGGUUGCCAGAUCUACAGGUUACAGGGGUAGCAAUAUUAUAAAGAAUGCCUUUCAAAAUUGUCAAGACUUAUGAAAAUAAUAAAGACAAAUUGUUCGCUGUACCUUCAUUCUGGGAAGACAAAAAUAUAUUAAAAUGGCCACGGAAAAACGAGGCUAAACAUAUCAAAAACGAAUCCACACCGGAAGCUGAUUGGAAGCAAUUAAAAUGUGUGGUAAAAAGACGAAAUAUUCCAAGUUACGAAACUGCUGAGUACGUAUUGAAGGAAAUGUUAAAUCACACAGACACUGAAGACGAUACAUGUACUUCUAAAAAGCCGAUUUGUGAAAAACCUUUACGAGAAUUAAAUUUAAACAUAAUUGCAGAUGAAAUUGUGUAUCCUGCUGCAUCAGUAUCCAAUAAUGUUGUCGAAAUGCCCACUACGUCAGGAUCCAAUGAUGUUACAUCCGAAAUGCCAGCAGCAACCUCUGUUGGAAUGGACAACGUCUACGAAUAUCAUUUUAUUCAGGACAAUCAAAGCACAACUAAUCAACACCAGUGUUGCACUACUCUUGUACAAAAUUUGGAAGUUCAAAAUGUAAUAUUAUCUAAUCAAACACAGAUCUUGAAUGAACUUAAAAGUAUAAAAAACGCGCAGAACAUUAUCAUUCAGAAAGUAGCGUUAUUUUCAAUACAGUUGGAUGAUGCAGUUUCGCAAAUAACUCAAGCAACUGAUAGUAACAUCGAAGUCACCAGCUUAAAUGAAAUCAAAUCCGCACCAAGUAACACAGCUUUUUAUGUCAAGCCGGUUGAAAAUAUCCAGCAGUUAUACGACUUAGAAAAGCAGUUAUCGGAGAGUAGUUUCAGACAAAAAAUGAAAACCACGUAUUCGGUGUUAUGCAACGGAGGUAAAGGCAUUGAUUGCGCCUAUACAUUAGCAGAUAUUUUAUUUUCACGAGAAUUUCUAUGUGAAUGUACCUGGAGCGGAGGUAGUCGUGGAGAUGACUCUAAAGUUGCAUGGAAAAGUUUCAAACACAUCCUGUCUUUUUUUGGGAAAUGGUUCAUUCCUGGGACAAAACUUACACGAUUAAUGAGAAUGCAAGUUUUUUCAAGAAUAUCCUAAAGAACUCAAAAAAGAGAAAGAUGGCAAAGAAUCAACGAGCUUCAACGUCAAGAAAACGAUCAAAAAUUUCAAGGGCGGAUAAAGAGAAUGCAACAAGUGAAGAUAUGUCUAAUGAGACUGACUAUGGUACCAUUAGUAAAGAAAAUCCAGUGACAGAAAAGAAAAAAGAUAACCAAGAAGCGGAAAAUGAAAAUAACCCAGAAGAAAAAGACGAAGAAGCGGAGAAAUAAAUAUACUUUGAAGAAGAGAAUAAAGUACACUCAACACUUCUUUACAUUAAUGUUAAGAUUUAAUUUAAGUAAGAAUAGUUGAAUAUUCAAUAAAAAAAAACUUGAUAACAUAAACAUCUUUUAUUUUCAAACUGUGUGUAAAAGAGGUAAGAAGUACAGAAAAGGACUUUUUUUAAUACAAACUAGUUUACUUUUCACAUCUUUAGGAUAUAAUAUAAUUUCAUUCGAUAUCAAUGGUAACAUGCUAUUUUCACUGACUUUAUAAAUAUUUAAGAAUGAUGACCUGAUUGGUUUCUCAAAUACUAUCAUUGUUUCAGUCAUUUGUUUGCCGUGAAUACUUAUUUGCUUACCUUCAACUGUAAUAUAUUUAAUUUCAAUAAUAUCACCGGCCAGUGAAAUAAAAUAUUUAUUUUUAAAUUUGCUUGAUAAAACAAAAUGCUCGAAGUGAAGUACUGUAUCUUUCUUGGUUAGAAAAGGUUUCUCCGACGAUUUUUUCGGCAAUGAUUUAAAAUUUUUGUUUUGCUCGUAUAAUCUUUUAGCUACCUGGGAAAGUGGUUUGUUUCCCUGCCUCAGCAUAUUUUUUAACACAUAUAAUUUAUUCUCGAAUGGAUAAGCGUUAAAUGUUGGCAAUGGGCCGAACCUUUCCACUUCAUCGACUACGUGUAACAAAUUGUGCACAUUACUAGUGAUGUAAUCUUCACCAUAAAAUUGUUUAUAACUAUCGACAUAAUAAUCAAACAUUUCUCUCGCAAUUCGCAGUAAAUGAUUGUAAUUUUGAGAGGAACAUAUUGUAACACCGCAAAAUAGAGUCACAAAAUGACUAAAUGCAUCCGGCUCAAGGACAUCUGGCAAUAUAACUAUGCUCAAGUAAUGUAAAAAACUUCCAAAUUCACUUGCUUUCCAGUAAGCAAGACAAUCAAGACCUCUUACUGAUCUAUGAAUUUCAGAUGGAAGUUUACAUUGAUUUAAAAAUACAUUUACAUUUUCGAUAUUUUGUGCACACCACUUAGUCUUAAGUUUCCCAAAAUUUCCGUCCCUCCAUCCUAUUAGUAGCCUUUUCAUAAUUCCCAGAUGAAUCAAGUGUAACGAAUCUGAAACGGGAAAUUGUUCUACCAUGUCGAUAGGUAGUUUUAAUAAGGGUGAAUCCAUUUUAUGAUGGCUUCCAUACAUCUUUCUUCUAAAGUUUUCAUCGGUUCUUGCAAAAGACCUUUUUGUUGAAAAUACUACAGUAUGCGUUUUAUGUGAGUACUCCCCUACGGUUGUGCAUUUCAAACACCCAUUUUUUCCGUUAAAAUUGCAAACCCCUGAAAAUGUAAUAUUGUUAGGAAAUACUAAUUCUUUCAAAAAUGAAACGCAAAGAUAAGAGAAGAGCGCAUGAAAGUGUUCAUAUGCGUGCGUGUGGUCGCGGGUGUGUGUGUGUGUUUGUGUGCGUUUUUAUGUAAACUUGCCUUUGACGUAUGCGCGUGCCGGGGAAUCGCAAAUAAAACAUCUAACUUUGACGUUCACGUUGGCACCCUUAACAUAAACUCCUUGUUCCAAAACAAUACCCAUUUCGUUAACAAAAUCUUCUAGGAAGUUAUUAAGAUUUUUUGGUUUACCUUUUCCAUAAUAAAUGCCAAUAAUGAAUGGAUCACUAGUGUCACUUUGAUAAAUGUUAGCCAAUAUCGGCCAGAAUUCAUAUUUAGAGCUUUUAAAUAUAGGUAAGCCAUCAAUAUUUAUAUUCAGAAGAAUUUUAUUUGGCAGCGGUAUACAAUUUUCAAGGAUAUUUGCUAAAGGCAUAAUAAUACCAUGAUGCCAAUAUUCACCACCUUCGAUUGUUUUAAGACAUAUUGCCGUUGGCGUAUGUAACAGCGUUCGAGGAUCAGACGGUAAAAUAUCUUCAAAUCUGUUAUUUAAAAUUGAAAGCAAAUGUUUCAAAGCUGAUUGGCUUAUAUUUUUUUGUAGCGCCCACGUUCGUAAAUCAUUUAUAAAAUUAUUAUUUUUCAUAAUUUCACUUUCUUGUUCGUCAUCUGAGUUGUUGGAACUACUGAGUGGUAACAGAUCUUCACAGAUUAGAGGAUAUUCAACAUCAGAGAUAAUUUGCUGUUGUACGGAACCCUGUUUAUUUGUUUGCAACUGACAUGAAUUAUUAUCAAGUUCACUGGAUUUGUAUAUUGUACUUUUACUGUUGCCUGGAAUAACAUUAAUUUUCAAGUCUAUUUCUGGAUUUUGGUUUAAGAAACACUGUUUCUUUACUAUAUGCAAUGCUUCUUUAUUCACUGUGGUGUAAUUUUUCUCAUCUGCUGAUGUAGGCUCGUCGUUUUGGUUUUGCGAUAAUCUAAUGAUAUUCUUGUAUUCUCUCAAAGCCUUUCUUUUUACUCCACCCAUUUGUUUUUUAACUUUCCAUGGUUUCAUUUUGAAAGCAAUUAAUAUUUCCAAAUAAACGUCACGUUAAAAACGUAACAAUCUAUAGGUUAGGUUAAGUCACUUAAAUCCUUUUACUCAACUUAAAGUGAUAAUGAAGAGUUAUUAAAUUUGCAUAAUGUUUGCUGCUAUGUACAUUUUUAGUGAAAACCACGAUAUUAUUACUAAUAAACUCCAUUAUGUAGCCUACAAUGAUCUAAAGGUGGAUUCUAACUCUUGCAGAAUUUAGUUCUAUAUAACUUAUAAUCAACACUUAUUAGAUGCUUAUAGCUUUCUUACUAACUCUUAAGGUUCGACGAAACUUGUUAGGUGAUACAAAGUAUUUAUCUAACUCUUUUUAAGGAUACCAGGCGAUACUAAGUGUUUGUACACACCUGACAAUCACUCAUAGUGUUUAAUACUUCUUGAAGCUAUUAAGGUAAGCCUUAGGUGUUACAAGACGUUUAACUGCCUCAGUAGUAGAAUAUCAGCCGUUAGUACGUGCUAGUAAACACCUUACAAUAGCUUUUAAUGGUCUGUGCCUCUUAAAGCUAUAAGAAGAAGUUAUACAAUGGUUGCGAUAAACUUCAUGCUAGCAUCUUAAGUUAUAUAAUUUUACUUUAUUACUGUUAUUCCUCUGUAAGAUUUAAUUAUUUAUAACUUACCCAACUAUAGAGUCAAAUGUUGCAAUCAGAGUUCUUAUAUACCUUAUAUAUUACUAUGAACUCUAAAAAAGGCUGCCGUAAGCACUAAAAUGUUUGUUGGGAUAUUAUCACGCUAUCAACUACGGAGAACGAACAAUGAACCUUUAUUUCUAACUAACUCCACGCGUACGAAGUCGCGGGCGGCUGCUAGUAAGUUAUGAAGAAUCACCGUUUAUGAUUUCUAGCAUCUCUCAGUUGCACUCUGCCCAGUGACAGUAUCGAAUGCGCUCUAUUAACCUGCUGCAAUUUUCCGCUAAAAAAUUAAGUUUAACAGGUAUCGGCAAUCUGUCAUUUUUUUAUACAUUUUGGUGUUUACAUAGUAUAGUUCUCAUGAUAAAAAAGGUAAAUUUAUAAAAAAAUACCCGACUGCUUAAAUAUUAAUUCAAAUAAAAACUGGAAAGACAGAAACAAAUCCAGUAGUAUAUAAUUCUUUUAAGUAAGGAACAAAGCUACUUUAACAGUCGGGACCCUAUAGAUAUUCAAUUUGGAUAAUUUUUUUCAGUAUCAUGAUCUCCCUGCUAAACACAUGGCUUUGUAUCGACUUUAAAUAUAUCAGCCGGUACGUCCUAUUUUGUCAUUUUCAGUUUUUAGAAGUCGGUUCUAUUUAUGUAUAUCAAAAAAUAUUUUAUUUUUCCAUUUUAUGUGUAAUACGGAAUACGCUACUGGUUGGAAACUUGACACGCGUAGAUCUACGUGGGUGAAAUCGUGGGACACUGCUAAUAUAUUAUAUACUUGAACAUUCCCUGAUAAAUACACAUUUAUAUACCGAAAACCUUAUCCAAAUCGGAUGAGUACUUUUUGUAAUAAUCGUGUAUCGUGUUUUUGAAGUCUGUUAAAAACCGACUGUGCAGCCGGAGCAGUAACAAUAGGAAAAAUAAAUUAAAAAAAAAAGUAAAAAGAAUGUUUUUAAAUACGUUAGUUAAGUUAAAGUUUUUGGCGGGCUUUCAUCGAGUGCGGUUGGCGUCUUAUUUUAAUUAUUCUUAAAUUCGUUCAUAGUGUAUAUUGUGAAAUAAAAUUGGUGUAGUUUUGUGUAACAACUGUCUGCGUAACUGAAGAAUUAGUGGAAUCAUUAAAAUGUACGCUAUUCCGGUCAAGUGGACGUGAGAAUUUUAUUGUAGUGUUGACUACCUCACAGAAGCUUAUCGAAAAAGCCAACUCGAUACAUUUCGUGCCAA